GACGUUACCACUUGAUGCACAGUGUGGGAUUAUUGACCCAGAACCAGUCCAUAUGUCACACAAUGAUCCUCUUUUGAGUAUGGGGGCAACUGGAAGUGAUCUGUUCCCUGAGCAUGACUGGAUUAAACUUGAGCCUGAAGUGAACUGUGUGGAUGCAGACGAUGCUCCAACUUACAGCCUGCAGUCUGAAGCAGGUGCCUUUGAAUGCAGUGUCUCUGGCUUGCGCUGGGUUUGUAAGGAAAAGGUCAGCUUCAAGUACCAGUUUUGCUCUUGGGAGGGGCACGCAGACAGACUGAAAACCAUGUGGUACAUCCCUGGAGGUCCCCUACUGGACAUUACAGUCAUUGCUGGAAAGUUAGAUGAAGCACAUUUGCCACACUGGAUCUGCACAGAAGACAACCCUACAGUUUUAGACAAGUUUGCAGUCCUCCACGUAGAUACAUGUGGAGACGUUGUGGAACAAGUGUCUGAGGUCACAUCAUCCCAUGUCAAGUUGUCUCAGCCAGCUUUCUCUCCAAGAGGAGUCCUGAUGAGAGCCGGCUUCUCCGUGAGAAUUCACUGUAAAGUGUUAAUAUACAAGACCACCAAAACAUUCCUCACACUGCAUGUCUAUGUGAUCCCUCAUGAUCAGGCUCUAGAAGAGAAAAUACAGAACAAGGAAUUAUCCAGUGGAUGCAGAGUGAUCCAAAAGCCAUACCCAGUAAAAUCCCUGAAAAUGCGCGACUAUUUCAUCCUCACAGUUGAUAUGGACACUGCAGAAAUUUACCCCAAGAAAUUAAAGCUCAUAUAUGAAUGGUGUGACCCAAACUUCUUCGAAGUGUUCAUUGACGAUCCUGACAGUAAUUUCGAGCUCGGACUCAGACACAAAACAAGUGGACAAGUGUGGACCUGUGCAAUUCGAAAAGAUGACUAUCAAAACACUGGUGAUCUUCAGGUGAUGUAUGACAAGGAGCUUGCCAGACUGAGGCCUAAACUUGUGAAAAGGGUGUCCAGAGAGCUUAUCAACCAGCUGCUGGAUGAUCUGUUAGAGGAUGGUGUCUUGAAUGACGGGGAGACAGACUCGAUACUUCAGGACAACAGUACCAGUGCAAACAGGGCACGCAGCCUCAUCGACAUGAUACGGAAGAAAGGACGUGAAGCCAGCAGGAAGUUUUUAACUCACCUUCAAAGCAGAGACCCUAUGCUUUGGGCUGAGCUGGGGCUGCCCUCUGGCCUACCUGUGUAGUCAGGUAAGGUCUGUCUCAGCAGGGCUGGCCAACGUUCAUGAAGACCAAAGGAGAGAAACCCAAACUCAACCCUGCUGCUGAUAGAAAGAAAUGAAGACACUCCUAAUUCAUUCUGCACUAAAAGUCAUAUCAGGUGACAGACAUGAUCAAUGGUUGAGCUGUUAAUAUGUUAAAUCAACUCUUAAGAACCUGAUCAGUGCUGCACUGAUGAGUUUUCUUGUAUUAAGUGUACAGUGUGUAGGAUUUAGGGGGAUAUAUUGGCAGAAAUGGAAUCUAAUUCAUAGAGUAUAAUCACCUGAAACUAGGUUGUGUUUUCAUUGCCUGAAUGAGCCAUUUAUAUCUACAUACAGAGUAGGUCCUCUUCCACAGAGUCGUCCAUGUUGUUCUCCAGUCGCCCAGAACAGAGAAACCAAACACAGGCUCUCGUCAGGGCCAUUGUGUGUUUGCGUUGGCCACUGUAGUUCUCCUACACACAACUAAGUGGUGAACACAGUGGAGUAUUAAGCAGCUUAAGAGCUUGAUAUUAGGAGAAGGUUAAGACUAAAACAUAUUUAAAAAGAGAGUAUAAUAUUAACGCUGGAUUUAUUUCUUGUGUGGACUGAAACUGUGUCUGCUGAUAAUGUGUAAAUGUAGAUGAUAAACAAAAUUAUAUCAUUCACAUGAACAAAAAGGGAUGGCACUGUUUUUUUGUUUUUGUUAAUUAAGGUCAAUUUUGGAUAUUUACUGAUGGGUCAUUAAGUUUUGUCUUUACUACGUGUGGAAAAAUGUCUGUGAAUGAAAAGAUAAUUCAUGUUGUUUCUGGUAUUUGUAUGAAUCUUACCUGCAAGGUGAAGGAAAAUAAAGUGGCUGCUAGUCUGUGCUUAAACUCUACUAUCAUUGUGUCAACAUGCUGACUGUGUUGUUGUCUCUCACUGAUACAGCCCAGAGUAAGCAGAUAAAAAGAAGCAGAAUGGUGAAAGUUGUCAUAUUUAGGUGUGUUAACAUUCCACCUUAAACAUUGCCGGUACUACUGGUAGCCUCUGAGCUGCACAGUGAAUUGUAUCAUUUUUUCUCAGUCUGAAGAUAACUGUUGACUAGUAAAGAUGAAAAGGCAGCAAAACAUAUUUUAACUUUUUCGAACUGCUUAACAGGUCAAAGUUUAUGAAGAUGCAACGUUAGUUAACUUUCAUUCUUGUCCCGCCGCUGUGAUGGAAAAUUAUGGGUACCUGACAAGUUAUGAGCGUCUGACCCUCUUUUCACCCCUUAGGGUGUCCUGCAAGACUUACUUUAUUGAAGCUUACAAAUCAUCCCAUGCUCUGUAAUCCCUCACUUGAUAACAUCAGAUAUAUGGCGGAGGCCUGGUCGCAAAACAGGCCGAAGGUGAACCUUCAGAGAGGCCUUCAGAGUUAUGACCCUGUUAUUGUGUCAGGAGAUGGUACGGUUUAGGACAACAGGUUCUCUGGCGCCAUGUGUUGUGACUAUGGGUGAGCAUGUGUUUGGGUAACUAUAAAGAUAGAGGGCUGGAGGACAUUCGCCAGUUCUCACUUUGACUGACUGUUCAUGCGGUUUGUACUGUUUGUGAGACUCCAUUCAUGAAUGCUUAUUAAAACUCAAGAAAGA